AUGUGGUUCCUAUGUCCCUUCUUCUUCGUCCUCGUAACAAAUCUGUUUCUCCCACUCCGCAACUUCAGUUGUCUUUUUGUGAGAAGCGAAAAAAGGGAGAAGUUGGUCCCGAUUUGGACCCCCCACAAGAGUAGUGCCCCUCUUUUUAUACACACUGGGCAUGGGGGAGUGAGGAAGCGGGCGCUAAAGGGGAGAAACAGGUUGGUCGGCCAUAAAAAAAGCAGUAGAGAGGAAAGAGGUGAUGGGAAAAAUGGUGGCAAAUUCCUGAGGUCGUCCCUGCUGCUCGCGAGGAAGGGCAGCGCGGAGGGGGAGGCAGAUGGAGAAUCAGAUGGAGGGCCGCUCUCAUCGAGCGGAGUGCCAACUUCAACUGUGAGCAACGAGCCAAGUGAAGAAUCCCCUAUGCGAAUGGCUAAAACGAACAGAAGUAGCCAUGCAGGAGGUGCCCAAACGACAGGGAUAAGCGACCCUGUGGAAGAAAGCAUAAAAAGAAUCAAGGGAGAAUACUACGACGUGGAAAUUUGCGAGCUGCUGUCAAAAAGCUUCCUGUCUUAUGCCAACUUUUUAAUCCUAAACAGAUGUCUAUGUGAUUAUCGCGAUGGCCUAAAAACAGUGCAGAGGAGGAUCAUAUGGAGCAUGUACGAAAUAAAUAAAGGCGCGGAAAAGGGCAGUUAUAAGAAAUGUGCCAGAAUCGUGGGUGAGGUUAUUGGAAAAUAUCACCCACAUGGAGAUAAAAGUGUGUACGAUGCGUUGGUUCGUCUGGCACAGAAGCAUCACAAUAGCAAUCUGCUAAUCAAUGGAUACGGGAACUUCGGCUCCGUUGAGUACAACGCAGCGGCUAUGCGUUACACGGAGGCUAAAGUUUCAAACUUCUGUUAUGAUAUCCUUUUGGACGAAAUAAAUGAUGAGAACGUAGAAUACGUGCGAAACUUUGAUGGGAAUGAAGUGGAGCCGAAGGUGCUGUGCAGCAAAGUUCCUCUCCUACUCAUUAAUGGAUGCUCCGGCAUUGCAGUCAGCAUAUUGAGUAACAUCCCCUGCCAUAACUUAGUAGAUGUGAUCAACUGCACCAUUAGCUUUUUACUCGACCCAAGUAUUAAAGAGGACCACUUAGCCGCUAUAAUAAAGGGGCCCGACUUCUCCACUGGAGGGAUUAUUAUAAGCAAACCGAAUGAGCUGCAAAAUGUAUAUCAAACGGGGAAGGGAAAUAUAGAAAUUAGGAGCAACGUCUUUCUGGAGUACACGAAGAAUGACAAAGGUUACGUCACCCACGUGAAUGAUUUGCUCAACCUACACCCAGAAGAUGUGGACCCGAGGGGGAGUAAAAAGUUAGUAAUAAAAAAUUUACCCCCAAAUGUGAAGCCAAAUGAACUAAUCGAAAAUAUGAUUAACAUUUUGAAUGAGAAAAAAAAUGAGCAUGAAAAUAUUUUACAAAAAAUAAGAGAUGAAAGUGAGAAGGAGGACAUGCGAAUUGUACUGGAACUGAGGAAAAAUAGCCAACUGGAACAAAUAAAUGACUUCCUUUCCUUCAUUUUUAAGUACACACAGAUGCAGAUUACCUACCAUUGCAAUUUUGUUUCCAUCGGUCACCAAAAUAGUUACACCCAGUUCUCAUUGAAAUCGUUCUUACAGCUUUGGUGCGAAAAUCGCAUAAAAUUUAUUAGAAACAAUUUGACAAUAAAAAAUAAAAACUUACAGAAAGAACUUCACAUCAUACACCUGUACAUGCUCAUACAGAAAAAAAUUUUGGAGAUUAUUUCCUUUCUCCAGAAGAACCAAAGCAUUGAACAGAUAAAAGAUUUUUUUAAAAAAAAUUUCCAACUUAAUGAUUAUCAGAUCCAGCACAUCCUCUCUAUGAAGAUACAGAAAUUGGUCAACAUUAAGAACGUCGAUUUUGGAACUCAGAGGGAGAAAAUUCUGGCUCGCAUGCAGGAGAAUCGAGACCUCAUCGCCAACGUGGAGAAGAUCAAGCACCUCAUCAUUGAGCAGCUGGCCUACAUAAAAAAUAAGUAUGGCAGCAGCAGCGUAGGAAGGUUCGCACCCCCGCAGAGCGUUAAGUAUAAGUACGUUUAUAUAAACCCACCCGGACGCAGUCAGCACUUUAAGGAGCACUUAAUCCAACCGCCUACCCCCCCGCGGGAUGAUCCAUCUGAGCUUGCAGCCGACGCGGAAGAUUCAAAAGAGGAAAGCGAAAUUUUGCAAAGGGAUGCAAAUCCGAACCAAACGCACAACGGUGAAGGGCAACACAUCGAAGUGGUGGAUCCCCCCUUAACCAGGGGAAAUAACCAAAGGGGAGGAGUGCAUGACGCGGAGUGCGCACCCCCGGUGGAAGACACUCAAAAGGGGACGAAAAAAAUAGACCCUUUUCUUCACUACAGGCACACCUACAUCGACUCCAUACACACGGACGUCAAAGAUGUUUACAACAACGAUCACGUCCUUGUCCUAAUAACCUACGGAGGGUACGUCAAGAAGAUCAAAAUUGCGGAGAAGUUGAAGAAUCACCAGAACAAUAUCAUGAAGCUGUCCAACGUGAAGUACAUUUUGAAGGAGAACGAGGAGAGGCGACUCAAGGGUGGCGGCGCACCGGGGGAAGCGGCCAAACCAGCAGUAAGUGGCACGGCCAACGUAGGAGGAGGCGAGACAGCCAACGUAGCAGUAGAUGGGGAAACCACCUCCAUUGCUAAGCCCCCCACUGCCAACUCAGCCAACUGCUACAAAGUGAAGAAAAGCAUCCUCUGCAGAAACAAAGACAAACUACUGCUCACGGACAGCCAGAACAAAGCCUACAUCCUGAAUGUGUGCGAUUUGCAGACUUCGUCUUACGACUCCAAGGGGACGCCAAUCAACCAAGUGGUGCACUGCUCAAAGAGCAUCACCGGCAUGACCAAGUUCGAGGAAAAUAAAAAGUACCUCAUCGUGUGCAGUGAAAAUGGAAAAAUGAAAGUCAUAAACAACGACGUUUUCUUGAAGAAGAAAAAAAAAGGAAUCAGACUUUUUAAAAACAAAAAAGAUAUCCAUUUCAGCUACUGCAAUUUUACGGACAACUGCAUUGUUGGAACGGCCAGUGGACACAUAAUUCAGUUUCCACUCUCCAAUUUUAAAAUAUCAAAAAAAAACUCGCUCGGGAAUAAGUGCAUCAAUCUGGCGAAAAACGACAGAGUGGUGGACCUCUUGGCAUAUGAGAAUGACGAAAAAAGUGUGAAAAAUUUUCAAAUCAUAUUUCUUUCCAAAGGGGGACAUGGAAAAAUGAUAAACUUGGAGGAGCUCAAAGUGCAGAAGAAGAAGGGCAAGGGGUACAAGAUUAUGAAGUUUAAGCGGGCCAAAAGGGCCGCGGCUCUCGAGAGAGAGCAGGGGAAAGGCGGGAAAGAGGCACACCUAGGAAAAGAGAGUCAGGAUCCCUCCGCCCACAUGAGCAAACGACAUAUGGACCAAACUUCCGCGCAGAGCACCGACCCGGACGAAUUCCUCGGGUUUAAAUUGUAUGACAUGACAAAGAAGAAUGACAACGACUUUCUCAUCAUGAUUACCGACCAUGCUGUUCUGAUCCGCAAAAAUAUCACCCUCCUGAAAAAAAAAAACAGGAAGCACUCAUCGCAAAUUUAUGCCAAGAUGAGCAAGCUCAACCGGCUCGUUUUCUUUGACAUUAUGUAA